ACCAACGGUUCGGGUCCUCCAUUCAAAUCAUUGCGUUGAAGAUUGUACCGUCGAAGUGACCAGUAGUAGUACCGUACCGCGUUCUUUUAGUUCGGUUCGUUCAAUUAUUAAAAAAAUAUAUUAACCAAAAUUAUUUAAAGUGGUCACUCUUAAUUUUCAUUCUAUUUUUGAAAUGUUUGUUGUUUUAAAAACCUACUCAUACGUUCUUGUAAAUGAAGUUCUGUGACAGAGCGGAAACCGGACAAACUUUUGAAAUUCAGCUUUCAUUAGAACAACCGACCGCAACCCCCACUGAGUGCCGCCCUCAACAACAACCCCAAACAUCGAAGAAGUCAACGUUUGCUGCUGCGCAAAGUUAAAUUCCAAUCGCCUGCUACAUAGAAUGGUAGAAAGUGAACCACCUAUAAAACCCAAAGAAAACUGUGAUGUAAAUGAGAGGCGCCCCUUAAACGGCUGUGGAUCCAGAGAUCUUGAGCUAACUAAUCAUCAGACUGUAGUCAAGACUGACCAACCAAAGGCUCCUACCGAUGUAGAAAAAGGCAGCAGCGACAAAGCUGAUUUUGAGAGAGCCAUCGAACUUACUGAAUAUGGCAAAUUUCAUUAUCUACUACUAGCAAUAUGUGGCUUCGUAAGUACUUCGGAAGAGAUGGAUGUCAUCUCGAUGUCAUUCAUUCUUCCUUCCGCUCAAUGCGAUCUGGACCUGAACACUCAAUCCAAAGGAUGGCUCAACUCCAUCAUCUUCAUUGGGAUGAUGGCAGGUGCUUACACUUGGGGAUCAGUGGCAGAUUCAAUUGGGCGCAAAAAAGUGCUUAUUGCCAGCAGCUUCAUGAACGCUCUAUGCAUCGUGGCUUCUAGUUUUAGCCAGUCAUAUGCGUGGUUCAUGCUUUUCAGAUUUCUAAAUGGGGCGGCAUUAGGGGGGAGCGGUCCAGUAAUCUGGCCAUAUUUCGCAGAAUUUCAACCCAAGUCCAAAAGAGGAUCCAUGCUCAGUUUCAUGGCAGCUUUUUGGACUCUUGGGAAUCUUUUCGUCGCUGGAUUAGCUUGGUUGAUAAUCCCAGCUGAAAUUGGAGUAUCAACUCCAUAUUUCGUAUACAACUCUUGGAGGAUUUUCCUCAUCGUAAUGGCAUUACCAUCGUUCGUUGUUGCCAUUCUUCUGUGCUUCUUGCCAGAAAGUCCAAAGUUUCUGUUAACAACAGGCAAAACCGAUGAAGCUAUGGCUAUCUUCAAGCACAUUUACCAUGUGAAUACUGGUAACGAUGCUGAAGAAUAUCCAGUUAAACAUCUGAUUUUGGAAGAAGAAUACCAGAAAGCUUUGGACGAUGAAUCUAUGCAGGUUAAGAGAGGCAAGAUUAUGAAAAUGUUAUCUAACAUCGUUGAUAACAGCCGGCAGUUAUUUGUCUCCCCAAUUCUCAAGUUCACUGUGAUUUCUAUCACUAUUAACUUCACUUUCCACAUUGGUUACUACGGGCUGAUGAUGUGGUUUCCUGAACUUUUCAAUCGAUUUGAUGAAUACACUCGACUAAGACCAAAUGAAACAACUUCGGUGUGCGAAGUGACUCAUUUCGUAGUCAAUUCUGGAAGUCAACAGCAUGGCGCUGUGUGCAACGAGAACAUCAGCCAGUCUGUUUUUAUGGAAUCGUUGAUUACCGUUGCUGCAGCACUUCCAAGCAAUCUAUUUGCUGUUUUGGGAAUGGACAGACUUGGAAGAAAGUUCUUCCUAGUUUUCAGUACUUUGGCAUCUGGUGGAUGUGCAGCUUCCAUGUAUUUUGUACGGAACAAAACUCAAAACCUCGCCAUAUCAGCCACUUUCAGCAGUGUGAUCUCUUGUGGGAAUGCUGCGUUAGAUUGCUUGAUUACAGAGAUUUUCCCUACCAAUCUUAGAGCCACUGGUAUUGCUAUAUCUAUGGUCGCUGCUAGAUUGGGAGGAAUAAUCGGAAACAUCGUAAUAGCUACAUUGCUAGACACGUAUUGUCCAGCUCCCACAUUUAUUGUAGCAGCUUUGUUAAUUUGUGGCGGUUUGCUAUGUCUUUUCUUACCAAAUACCACCCGUGAACCUCUUCACUAACCAUUGUUAAAUUAUUACGAAUCUUUUAAAGUUCGAAACAAAUUCCAGAUAAAUAAUUGGAUAUUUGAAAAAUAUAUAUUAUUUGUUUGAUGUUAUUCCUAUUCCGUUUAAGUGUACGAUCGUGUAGAUACAGAUUUGUAUUCUCAUAGUAAUAAAGUUAUUUUAGUAUUCCAUUUUGUUAGUUUAAUUAAGUAUUUCUUUUAACUUAUAUUAUCAGGGAUGUGUGUUUAUUAACCAGACUUCUCUUGGAGAUAAACUAGCUGACUAUUAUAAGAGCAAAAAUAAAUUUUAUUUUCUCGA